GCUUUUAGUUUCUACCAAACAGAGCCAGAGAUGCAGAUGACGGGAGAGGAGCAGCCAGGGCCGGAGGAAGCGGAGCUGCUCAGGCAGUUUCGACGCCUCUUUGCACCCAUUUUGGACGACAGCCUGCAGCUGUACUACAAGCUGAAUGAGACGGACGACACGGCUGGGGAUACAGAGCACAUACGGAUCCAUCAGACAGUGGCGCAGCUGAACGAGCAGCUCACGAGCAGCGAGGAGGAGACAAUGGAGACCCACGUAAACAGUCCCUCGCCGCCAGUGGAUGCGGAGCUGUUGCCGCUUUCCAGCUGCCCCAGUUCGACGUCGAGCAGCUCUCUGUACGCCAUACACACACCAUCGCCGGCGGCUCAUGCCAGCGGCCUGCUGCUCCUGCCCCAGUGUCUGGACUCGCCUUUGCUGUCCUGCAGUCCCGAGUCGCGCACGAUCACCGAGCAGGUGCAGCUGCACAGACCACCCCAGCAGCUCAUCGAGGACGAGAACAACACCUCGUGCUCGUUGUCAUCGAAUCUGACGGACAGCAAGACUCUGGAUGGUCGUACCCCCAUUGUGGUGUGAGAUCUCUCUCUCUCUCUCUCUCUCUCUCUCUCUCUCUCUUCGGAUCUCCAUCUUCUCCUCUCUCUCUCUUAAUCGGCUUUAUAUGUGAUUUCGUUUACACUGUCUUAGAGCAACACAGCAAACAAAUAGUGAAGGAAAACAGCUUAAUGUUUAAACUAGUCUUAAAUAAUGUUUGUGUGUGUCUGUUUAAAUGUUAAAAGCGUUCAUGCGGUGCGCCACUGAAGUUCUGUAAAUAGUUUGCAGGGAAAUCUGUUUUUGGAAUUUAAAGGUAUGCUUUCCGUCUGGAGGAAGGACUUCUCCCCUGUGAGGACAUACCCCAUAUUUAGUGGUAGUAUUUUUAAUUUAUUUACAAUUUUCUAUAAUUUAUAAUAUCUGUUUCAUGGGCGCUUUGGGAAUUUUAAGAUGUUUUGUAAAUGCCUUUGGCAUCAAGCUUAUUUUUAUUUCUAUUUAAUUGUAUGCUUAACUCUUUGUUAUUUUAGUUCAGCUAUAAGUAUGUGUCACGCGUCAUGCAGCAGCACCUCUCGAUUGGUCUGAUUGGUGCUAGGAUGCGUUUCUGCCAGGAAUCACUGAUCCAAGACUAAAAAAACUUGGUUUUUGGCGUCGCUAGAGCCUCUUAAAGCAGUGUUUUAUAUUGUAUACUUAAAUGUAUGCCUAGCUUUUAGUUAUUUCAAUUUAAUUUAGCACUUUAUAAUUUUUCAACGAAUAUUUUACUGGUUUUUUCCACAUUUUCGCCACAGAUUUCCCCAAAAAAGUGCAAUAUUGUCUCUUAAAGAGUUAAAAAUACUUCUCUUCAAAAACGCCACCGCAUAAGCGUAAUCCCCAUGUGUGUUUUGAAUCAUUUGAGUUUUGGCUUCUCAAACAUACACCCACUCAUUAUCCCAGCCAUCAACCAUAAUCUUCAUAGUUUUCGAAACCAAAAAGCAGCAUUGAGCAAAUAUUUUUCACUUCGUUCGGAUCGCCAGGAAGUUGAUGUAUAUCGUGUGGAUAGAGUGGAACAGCAGACAGCCAGAUGAGAUGGCCUGGCGACUCAUAGAGUCCCCCCAGGGCCCCUUAGGGAUUUGGCGUUAAUAAAUUAUUCAUUUCUCUCAUGCACCUAGCGAAACUAAAGGCAUAUUUAAUUCACGUUUUCCUUGUUGUCAGUGCACCCAUUUCAUAGGACAUAAUUUUCUUUGCUUUUUAGGGAAAUUCACUUGAUUUACUUUUUGUCAUACGAUCUAUAUACAAUACAUAGCCCUUAAGCAUAGCAAAGAGAGUCGAUUUUAGUGUACAAGAACAUAAAUAUACAUACAUAUACCUAUACUAUAUACAAAUAUAUAUAUAACAUAUAUAUAAAUUGGAUUUUUAGCGUACAAUUUUAAACUGAUUAACUGUUAACAGGACCGCAAUUUCUCUCCAUACAGUUCAUGAAACAAAAACAAAAAUAAUAUAUUGAAAAAAUCAA